UACAUGAAAAGUGUCGCAAACAUUCUGCUGUAGUUAGAAAAAUGAAGCGUCUAUUUUGGCACACUGAGAAGUUGUUUGGAAAUGGGGAUGUGAACUUCCAGUGGCAGACGAGUAAAGCCAACUACUUGGUCACGUGUGGAUCUAACGGACAUGUGAACGUGUUCAAUAGACAUGGCGAACCCAACUACGACUUCGCCACUAAAGUAUCUGGCCACUGCACUGGUCUGGCGUGGGAUCCGGAUGGGGACGUGUUGGCUAUCUCCUCUGACCAGAAUAGUCACGUGAUCCUCUGGGACACCACCAUGAACAGAACCAUAGACCUGGACGUGGGACUCCGAGAACCCAUCACUGCAAUACAGUGGUCUGCAUCAGCUAAAUUAGCAGUUGGGUCCGCAAAAGGCAACUUGCAGGUGUACAAUCACCGUGCGGACAAGAGACUUCCAGCACCAGUGGCCAAACACACGAAGAAGAUAGUGUCCCUGUGCUGGAGUAGAGACGAGAAGCUGGCUCUGGCUAGUGAGGAUAAGAACAUCAGUGUCAGUGACGCCAACGGAGACCACAUUUGCCAGCUGGGAGUGCGUGCUGACCCGAGUAUGGUGGAGUUCUCAGACAUGAAGAUGGACGAGAAAUUACAUGUGGAUGGACAGGACAAUACUAUAUCGGCAGUGAUUGGGGGCAAGACUCUGUUGCUUCUCAAUCUGCAUGAUGUGGAUAAUCCUAUCGAGCUGGCUUUUCAGUCCAAGUACGGCACCAUCGUCACCUACAAAUGGUAUGGCGACGGGUACUUGAUGUUGGGCUUCUCUCUGGGCUAUUUCAUCAUGAUCUCCACCCACAUGAAGGAGAUAGGCCAGGAGCUGUUCCAGACUAAAGCGCACAAGAGCACACUGUCAGCUGUGGAUUUGAACUGGCGCAUGAACAAAGUGGCAGUGGCUGGGGACUCGUGCGUGAAAGUGCACGACAUGUCUGACUUGCGAGAGACGGAGCAGAUCAUCACAGUGGAGGAGGAGUCCUCCACCUCCCUCGCCCUCUCUGGCGCCUCCACCCGGGCCAGUCUGGCCAAGCAGUCUGCAGGACCCACUGAAGUCGACAAGGUAGCCUAUACGAAUGAUGGACAGCUAGUAGCAGUGUCGACUAAAGCGGGAUCUCUUCAUGUGUUCUUGGCGAAGUUACCCUCACUCGGAGAGGCAUUUGGAACUAGAAUAGCGAUUUUGAGCUCGCUGUUGGAGGUUACAAUUUCGAACAGUGUUCUGCAGGAGCCGGAUAUCAGUAUUUCUCUUGAGUUGGAGCCUGCCUUCCUUGCUCUGGGUCCAUUCCACUUGGCUGUUGGAAUGAACAACUGCGUGUGGUUCUACGAGCUGCUAGAUCGAGGAGAAAAUACUGCACCCGUAAGAUCGAACAGGCGGUCUAAAUCUGGUCAGACGAAGGUGACUCAGCGGGAGUACAUGGGAACAGUGAGUGAAGUGAAGCUGAGUGAGAAGUUCGCAGCUGUGAGGUGUCAAAACAGUGUACAGCUACACAGAGUGGGCAUGAGUAGUCUGGAAGAUGACGAGAGUAGCAGUAAACUGUUCCCUGAGAAUGCGCAGACGGAGGGAGUGAUCACGGCCAUCGCACUCACCCCACACUUCUUCAUUUACGCCACCAAUAAGGGAUCAAUCAACUACUUCUCCCUCGAAGACUGGUGUCCCAUCACUCACUUCCAACACGCCAAGCCAGUCACCCGCAUAUUCCCAGAGAUCACUGGCACCCGUCUGCUGGCUGUGGAUGACAUUCACCAGGCAUUCGUCUACUGUCCCAUCGAUGACUCACUGGUGGCUGUGGAGGAGUUGCCCAAUAAGGUGGAAGGGGUUUUGUGGGAGAACUAUGAGCCGGAUAAGCAUAUUUUUGCGACGUACGACGACAAGAAUCUCCACACAUUUGUCUAUGUGCGCGACAGCAUCUAUGACUCCAGUUGCAAGAAGGUGGGUGGAGCUACUCCUCUGUACCACGGACACAGACCAGUGAUGCUGCACAAUGGACAAGUGUUCUGUCAGUCUCCAGGGGGCAAAAUGAUCACCAUCACCCUCUCCACCCACACCAACAACAACAACCCUUCAUCUGGAGGCAACACCAACAGAGACGCGAGCCAGGAAGGGGUCAAUGCGGAUGAUGUUUACCUGGACAAUAUGCUGAAAAUGAACAAGAUCCAAGACGCCCUCUCAAUUCUGGGUUGCCAGAAACUGAACUCCUCCUCUGACUCCAUGUCUCACCAGGGGGUCACCAGACUGAAGGGGUUUGCUGAGGCUGCUCUGGCUCAUCUGAGACUGGAUUAUGCCAUCAGGUUCUACCAGAUGAUGGGCGAUGUGGGCAUGGUGAUGAACUGCAAGGACCUGCUGGCAAUUGAGGACAAGCGUCUGCUUUGUGGCCACAUAGCUGCAUUCGUGGGGGAGUUCGACAGAGCCCAGGAGCACUUCCUCGCGAGCACAAACCCGAAAGCGGCACUCGAUAUGCGUCGUGACCUGUUGCAUUGGGAAACAGCGAUGACUCUGGCCCAGAACUUGAGUCCAGAGGAUCUACCGUUCAUCUCUAGGGAGUAUGCGAACCAGCUGGAGUUCCAGGGAGACUACUUGAAUGCACUGCAGCACUUCGAACAGGGACUGAAUGUAGACGACACAAACACACAGGGCAGUCUCAUUGGACAAGCGGAGAGUGAGCAUCAGAUAGGCUGUGCGGCUGGAGUGGCGAGGACUGCCAUCCGACUGGGGGACAUCAGAAGGGGCAUAGGCAUAGCACACACCCACCCCAGUAGAGUGCUCAAGAAGGAGUGUGCCGCCAUACUGGAACAAAUGAAGCAAUACAUAGAGAGUGCGCAGUUGUAUGAGAAGGCAGGCUUCUAUGAGAAAGCGGCCACAGUCUACAUCAAGUGCAAGAAUUGGGGUAAAGUGGGAGAGCUGUUGCCACAUAUAACAUCUCCUAAACUGCACCUGCAGUAUGCGAAGGCGAGAGAGGCAGAGGGCAAAUUCAGAGAGGCCAUCCAGGCAUACUCCUCUGCCAAGGACUUCGACAACGUCAUACGUAUUCUGGUGGACCAUCUGCAGAAUCCGGAGGAGGCAGUGCGCAUAGUGAGGGAGACAGGGUCCAUAGAGGGGGCAAAGCUAGUGGCCAAGUUCUUCGUGCGUCUGAAUGACAUGGAGAGUGCGAUCCAGUUCCUGGUGAUGUCCAAGUGUCAUGACGAGGCCUUCCAGCUGGCAUCCACACACCACCACAUGAAGACAUACGCCAGUAUAUUGGGCGAUGAUGUCUCUGAGGAGGACUACAAGAGUGUGGCUGUCUAUUUCGAGACAGAGGAGAAGGACCCCUUCUUAGCUGGGAAGUUCUUCUACAAAAGCAAGCAGUACCCCAGGGCAGUCAAACACCUCCUCCGCUGUCCCAUCACCCCCGCCACUGAGAACGACCCCAACAUAAACCCCAUUGAGAUAGCCAUCAAGGCCGUGGGUGAGGCAGAUGAUGAAGUGUUGACGCACCAGUUGAUGGACUUCCUGAUGGGGGAGUUCGACAAUGAGCCCAAAGAUGCCAAGUAUCUGUUCCGCCUCUACAUGGCACUGGGACAGUACAGGGAGGCAGCCAAGACAGCCACCAUCAUCGCUCGGGAGGAACAGAACAGCGGCAACUACAGGAUCGCACACGAUGUGUUGUUUGGUAUGUUCGCGGACCUGAAGGACAACAGCAUCAAGAUUCCUCAGGAGAUGGCCACCAACUUGAUGCUCCUUCACAGCUACCUCCUAGUCAGAGUGCACGUGAAGAAGGGCGACCACUUGAAGGCGGCCAAUCUGUUGGUUCGAGUGGCAAACAACAUCUCCAAGUUUCCAUCUCAUGUGAUCCAGAUUCUGACUUCGACAGUGGUGGAGUGUCACAGAUCAGGCAUGCGUGGAUCUGCAUUCGACUAUGCCUCCAUGCUCAUGCGUCAGGAGUACAGACAGAACAUAGACCCCAAGUACAAGUCCAAGAUAGAGAACAUUGUACGGAAGCAGGACAAGAGCGAGAUAGACGCUGGCACUUCCGCCUGUCCCUACUGCAACUUCGAACUGCCAGACUACCAGCUGAGCUGCUCAGAGUGCAAGAACAACGUGCCCUACUGCAUCGCCACUGGCCGUCACUUGGUGAAGGACAACUGGACCGUGUGUCCAGUGGAGAAGUGUGGCUUCCCGGCUAUAUUCACAGAGUUCCAGGCUUUUCUGGAAAGUGAAGGUGGUUGUCCCAUGUGUGGAACUGCGAUGCCAGCUCACUCUGUCUCUAGACUGGAGGGGGACCAGGUGAAACAGGCACUGGCUAUAGCUGCAGGACUGCAGUCCACACAGGACAGUGGAGCAACCAAUAAUGAAAACAGCUCUAAUGAAUAGCCACCACUCCAGAACCAGAACACAACUUCAUUGCAAUGACGUGAGCAAGUCCGAACCAAAAAGAACAACCGGAAAAAAUGAUAAAGACAUCUUUAAAAAAUUGCAAAUAGACCGAAUGAAAACACGAAAUAGAUCGAAUGAGAAGUUUUAGUUGGAAGAAGUGCGAAUUGUGAGAUAGAGCCUUGAAAGACUUAUCGAAUUUAAGUUGAAUAAUUGAUGUAAGAAAUAUAGAAAUUAAAUGGGUCGUUAAAUUUAUCCGUGCUUACAAUUCAGCUGCGUAAUAUAGCAUCAGCAUUAGUAUUCGCCUUUAAAAUUGAUUGUAAAUAGUUACUUCAUCUGUACAGAAGUUGAAUGAAACCCACCAUUAGUGUGUAAAAAUAUUGUAAAUUAUUAAAUGUACAAGUCUUAUGUAAAAAUGACAUCCUAUCAAUACAUUUUUUGAUUUUC